AUGGGGGGCCGGGGGCUGGGGCGAGGACCCCCCCGGCCAAUGUUUCCGGCGGAGUUUGCAGGGGGCCCGCCGUUUAUGGGGGGUCCGGAUAUGCCCCCGUUUUGGGGGCGGGGGGGGCCGCCGGAUGGGAUGGAAAUGGGAGGGCCGCGUAUGCCCAUGGGACGGGGUUUCUUCCCCCCCGGAGGGGGCGCGUUUAUGGAUCGGGGGGGUGGAGAUGAAGGGGGGCCGAUGAUAGGAACGGGAAGGGGGGAGGGUCCUGGGGUUAGAGGGCCGUCGAGGGGGGAGCAGAAUGAUUAUUCGCAGCACUUUGUAGAUACCGGGAUGCGGCCGCAGAACUUUAUCCGGGACGUCGAUCUGACGGAUCGGUUUGAGGAGUAUCCGAAGCUCAAGGAGUUGAUCCAGCGCAAGGACCGCUUGAUAGCGGAGCGCGCCACCCCCCCGAUGUACCUCCAGAUGGACCUCCUCGAGACGGAGCUGUCCGCUGACGUGUUUGGGACACGCUUUGACGUCAUCCUGAUCGACCCCCCAUGGGAGGAGUAUGCGCGGCGUGCGCCGGGGGUGGGGGACUCUCUUGCCACGUGGACGUGGAAGCAGAUCGAGAACCUCAAGAUCGAGGCGCUGGCGGACACUCCCUCGUUCGUGUUUCUUUGGGUGGGCGAUGGGGAGGGGCUGGACCUGGGGCGACACUGCCUCAAAAAGUGGGGAUUCCGGCGGUGCGAGGACAUCUGCUGGUUGAAGACCAACCGGGAAAACCAGGCACCGCCGCGGUACGACGAGUCCACCAUCAUGCAACACACCAAGGAGCACUGUCUGAUGGGCAUUCGGGGGACAGUGCGGCGGAGCACGGACGGCCACCUCAUCCAUGCCAACGUGGACACUGACAUCAUCAUCUCGGAGGAGCCGGCCUACGGCAGCACGCGCAAGCCGGAGGAGCUGUACCACAUUGUGGAGCAUUUUGCUCAAGGGCGGCGGAGGCUGGAGCUGUUCGGCGAGGACCACAACAUCCGCGCUGGCUGGGUCACCGUCGGGAAGGGGCUGACGUCAUCCAACUUCAACAAGGAGGCGUACAUCAAGUCGUUUUCCGACAAGGACGGGAAGGUUUGGGCGGGCGGCCGGGGGAUCCCUGUGCCAGAAAACGCGCCGCACCUGGUUGGCAGCACGCCCGAGAUCGAGAACCUGCGGCCCAAGUCGCCCGUCAGAUCACAGCCCCCAACGACAGCCCAGAACUCCGCCUCGCAACAGGGAGCACCGAAGAUGCAAGGCGGGCGCCCCGGCACAGCCACUCCACCGAGCGGCGUGACGGCUGCUGCUGGCGGGGCUUAAAGCGCGCAUGCGCGACGUGCGCGCACUGAGAGCGCGCAGAUCCCCGGUGCGAAUCUAUCUGUUUCGAACGAAAUGUUGUCCUGCUACUCAAGGUCUCAACAACGCUUCUCUGGACCGCAGCUUCGGCUACGUGUAGCCUGGAUGGAUCGGGCCGUGCGGUUGAUUGCCUCUCAUGUAUGACAUGGUGCAACCCAGUGUGCAACAUCGACUUUCCAAAUGUUUCGUGUCGACGACAAAGGGCACCCGAUCUAAGCAGCUUUUCUAGGUUUGAAGGGACUGAGGGUUGAACAUUUGCCCCUCACGUUGACGAUCAUUACUAGGCAGGCGGGCGCGACAUGGAUGCCUC